CGCAGGAAGCGCCCAGCGUGGCGUCCCGUGUGUGGGCCGAAGGCGGUUCGGCCUGGCUGCGCACCCCCGCGCGUUCGCGCAACAGGAAAUCCGUUAGCGAAAACCGCGCUGUUUACACUAAACCCCAAGCGCUCUGGUGGACUGGGUUGGGGAGGAAAGCUACUCCGUGGUCCCAUGCUUGAGCAUCAAUCAUCCAUGGAGUGUACAGCGUUGGCAGCGCUGUGGAGAAUGUGACAACAGGCCAAGGAGUUUUCAAGGCACUAAGGAGGAGAUGAGGAAGCUGGAGCUGGAGCGGGGAGAGCAAGAGAGUGAGGAGGUUGAGAACUCUGCGCCGGUUGAGAAGCAACAGAAAUCUGCUGCUGCCAAGAACAGACAGGGAAAGAAGAUAGGGAGGGGUGAACAAGGUUCAGUGACGAAGAAGAGAAAGAGUCAGGAUACUGCAGCAAAUGAAGGGGAAGUCCGAGCUGAAAAACCUCCCCUCCCAGCUUCCUCCGACCAAAACCCCCAACCUCCCCUUCCAGCUUCUCCUCCAGUAGCCUCACCUCCAUCUCCCUCACGUUCGUGUCACCUCCCAGCUUCCUCUGACCAAAACCCCUCAACUACUCCUCCAGCUACUCCCACAGUUAGUCUCCCCGCUACUCCCCAAGCUACUACCUGUGUUGGAAACCCCUCAGCUAUCAAGGAUCUCACUCAGUUGAUUGGGGAUGCUUUACAACCCUCAAGCCCCUUGGCUCUUUUGGAGGAAAUAGUUAAAAACGAAAAGCUGUCAAGGAGGGUGUCUUCUUUGGAAAACACCAUUAUAUCUAUGCAGAACACCCAGGCCCGGCUCGUCAGUGAACUGCAACCGGUGUCUAACAGGCUGUUUUACUUGACAGACAUGUACAAUUACAACGUCGACAGUGUUCUGCUGUGCUAA